CACAAUUUCAUUUUAAAAGAAAAUAUUUUUCCCGAAAAAACAGUUUGAGGCAUCAGGAAAGCGAGCAAAGUCGCGACCAACCGCGUCUUCACCGAACCAUCUCAGUAAAACAAUACCCAAACAAAAAGAAUGGCAUUUUUGAGGUCGCUAACCACAGCAACUGCCAUAGCUGCUGCCUCUGCUCUGCCUACAGCUUUUGCUUUUUCUUCUUCUUCUUCUUUCAAAUCUUCUAAUUUCUCAAAUACCCAAAGUCUAUCUUUCCUCUCUUCGCCAACAAAUCGCUUAGGCCUUACAAGAACCUUCGCCAGUUCUCCUACUGCUCUUCACAUGGACUCACCCACAUCUGAUUACAACCCAUCUCAGGAUGGUUCCUUGCCUGACCUCCUUACGGAGUACAUGGUGGAUAUGAAGUGUGAAGGUUGUGCUAAUGCGGUCAAGAAUAAGUUACAAACAGUUAAUGGAGUCAAGAGUGUGGAAGUGGACUUGAGCAAUCAAGUGGUGAGAAUACUUGGUUCCUCGACUGUGAAAACCAUGACUGAGGCAUUGGAGCAGACUGGUCGAAAAGCUAGAUUAAUAGGCCAAGGAGUGCUAGAAGACUUUUUAGUUUCUGCUGCUGUUGCUGAGUUCAAAGGUCCAGAAAUUUUUGGUGUAGUUAGAUUGGCUCAAGUGAGUAUGGAAUUGGCUAGGAUUGAAGCCAAUUUUAGUGGUUUGUCACCUGGAAAACACGGUUGGUCUAUUAAUGAAUUCGGUGAUCUGACAAGAGGUGCAGCAAGUACAGGGAAAGUGUUUAAUCCUUCAAAUGAAGGAACUGAUAAAGAGCCACUUGGCGACCUGGGAACUCUUGAUGUGGAUAAGAAUGGUGAGGCCUUUUACACCGGUGUCAAACAGCAGCUCAGAGUUGCUGAUCUCAUUGGGCGGUCAAUAGCGGUGUAUGAGACUGAAGAUAAAUCAGAUCAAGGUCGGACAGCUGCAGUGAUUGCCCGAAGUGCUGGGGUUGGCGAAAACUACAAGAAGAUAUGUGCAUGUGAUGGCACCACCAUCUGGGAAGCAAGUGACAAAGAUUUUGUCACUAGUAAGGUCUGAGGAUUUUUUCAAAGUCAGUGUAUUUACUUGUAGGUACCUGUAUCCUUCGUAUAAGGAUUCUUGUUUACAUAAUCUCUUGUUGUCUUUAUGAGCUCUAGGCAUGAUCUCAGAAGCGAUGAUGAAAUUCCACCCAAUAAAACGUGUCAGCUCUAUGCUUCAAUUACAAUGGAAAAAGUUGCUCAAACCUUAUAACUAGAAAA